AGUCUGUUGUACUUUAUUUAAAAAUGCAAUUAUAAUAAUAUUUUCAAUUUUCAAUACCAGUGAGAUAAUUAGUAUGAAAGGGUAAAAAAUGCAUAACAAUUGUAAAAUUCUUUAGUAACUUGCUCAAAAUCAAUCGAGAUUUUUAGCUUGAAAAAUUUAAAUAUGAAACAUAUUGUAACUUUUUUAAUUGUCGUUGCGGUAAUCGUUGCCAUUGCAGAAGCUAAGAAAAGUAAAUGUAAAGGCGAGGGAAGAACGUGCCAGGAAUCUAUAGAAUGCUGUUCAAAGUGGUGUUAUGUAAACGGCUGCACUACUUGGACUGACGGCCCGAAUCCCUGCGCCGACUUUCACUGUAUCGACAAAAAACAAACCUGUGUGAUCAAGUACCGCUGUAUUACCGGCGGGUGUCGUCCGGUGGCAACUUGCGUUGACAAACAUUAAAAAAAAUAAAAAUAAACUUGUAAUAAACGCUAAAAUUUGUCUUAAAAUCUCUUGUAUGCAACAUGAUAAAGAUAUUAACCAGGAAGUAA